AUGGCCUUUGCAAAUUCCCUGGAAGAGAUCCAAGAAGAGGUCAGCUGUCCCCUCUGCCUGGAUUUCCUGAGAGAGCCGGUGACUAUUGACUGUGGGCACAACUUCUGUGGCCCCUGCAUCCGCCAGCGAUGGCAAUAUCUGGAGGACAUCUUCCCCUGUCCAGUCUGCCUUUACCACUGCGCUGAUGGGAACGUCAAGGUUAAUGCACCGCUGUGUCACAUCAGUGAUGUUGUCAGGCAACAUUUUACCAGGAGGCAGACGAAGAAAGAACAGGAAGAAAAGCUCCUGUGUGAGAGGCACAAUGUGGCGGUGGACUUGUUCUGUGAGGAGGACCUGGAGCUGCUGUGUCCUCAGUGCAGGGACUCCCCUGACCACCAGUAUCACCGCCUGGUCCCCUUGGAGAGAGCUGAAGUGAGUCAAAGAAAGAAGCUCAAAAGGCGCAUGAACAUUUUGAAGAGGCAGAUUGAAAUCGCUGAAAUGGAUGAAAGUAAUCAGGUCUCUAUUUUUCUUCAAGAGUGUCAGAAUAUGGAAAAGUGGGGAGGAGAAAUGCAUCUUGAACUGGAAGAAUUCGAUUUUUUCUUGAGAAAGGAGCAAGUUGAAGCUAAUGCCAGAUUGUUUAAGAGCGAAGAAGAUGUGCGGCAUAAACUCACCACAAGCAAAAAUCAUCUCUCAAGCCAUAUAGAUACACUUAAAAGUCUCUUAGCUGAAAUAGUAGAGAAGCAGUUCCUGACUGACCAGCAUUUACUAGCUAGCAUUAAAAGCAUCUAUACUAGGUGUGCAAAGAUCCCAUCCCCAACAGUAACUCCAUGUGAACUCAGGAAAGAGAGUUGCACUCUCCCCCCACAUUAUUUUAGCCUUCACAGAAUGAUCGGUGCAUUCGAGGAAGCUUUGAUGCUGGAUCUUGAAACAGCCCAUCCAGAUCUGCUUAUCUCUGAAGAUAGAAAAACUGUGACUUAUAAAGCAAAUCUACAAGACUUUCUUGACAAUCCCCACACAUUUACUCCAUUCCCAGCUGUGCUCAGCUGCGAGGGCUUUGAUGAAGGCAGGCAUUUUUGGCAGGUUGAAGUCAGAGGCACCGGUGAGUGGUUCUUAGGAGUGUGUAAAGAAUCUUUCUGCAAAAACACUCUGACUGCACCAGCCCCUCACAAUGGCUGUUGGUCGUUUGAGCAGUCCAGGAGGACCUCUUGUAUCAGCGACAAAGAACUAGUUGUGAGAGUCGGUGUUUUUCUGGACUAUGAGUUGGGAGAGCUUUCCUUUUAUAAUAUGGAUAGCAGGAUGUUCUUGUAUAAAUUCACCGAGGCAUUCACAGAAAGACUGAUGCCCUAUUUUUCUAUUGGACCUUCUUCAAGAACACUUUCAAUCAGCAUUGCCACAGUGGAAUAA